UUGAUUUAAUGUAAAUUGAAUUGCUAUCCAGUUUCAGAAUCAACAGUGUUGUUAAAUUCUUAUCACAUUCAUAUUGGUUUUGCGUUUGAAUCAUGAAGAUUUUGAUUCCAUUAUCCAAGCGAAUCUAUGUCUACCGUUUGAAAGGUUAUUCUUGGAAGUUAAGCGACUGAAUAUUCUUUUUCUUUAGGAAAUGGCAGCUGCUCAGUUGAAUUCAACCAGUGUUCUACCGUCGUUUGAAGGUCUUAGGUCUUCGACAUCCAAAACUUCAUCUGUUGUUGUGUCUUUUCCUUUUAGAAAUUUGACCCUCAGGUCAGCCCGUGGUCUAGUUGUCAAAUCUGCUACCACCGUUGCUCCCAAGUACACCUCAUUGAAACCAUUGGGCGAUAGAGUGUUGGUCAAAAUCAAGGCUGCUGAGGAGAAGUCCAUUGGAGGUAUUUUACUGCCAUCGUCGGCACAGACAAAACCUCAAGGGGGUGAGGUUGUUGCAGUUGGAGAAGGUAGGACGAUUGGGGAGAAGAAGGUCGACAUUGGUGUCAAGACUGGUACCCCAGUCGUGUAUUCCAAAUAUGCAGGAACUGAGGUUGAGUUUAAUGGGUCAAACCAUCUCAUAUUGAAGGAGGACGACAUUGUUGGUAUUCUUGAGACAGAUGAUGUUAAGGAUUUGAAGCCUCUUAACGACAGAGUUCUUAUCAAGGUUGAGGAAGCCGAGGAAACAACAGCUGGUGGCUUAUUGCUUACACAGGCAAGCAAGGAGAAACCCUCGAUUGGCACGGUGAUUGCAGUAGGGCCUGGUCCUCUGGAUGAGGAAGGAAACAGAACAGGGCUGCCAUUGUCUCCAGGAAACACCGUUCUUUACUCCAAAUACGCAGGCAACGACUUCAAAGGACCUGAUGGUUCGGAGUACAUCGCUCUUCGUUCCUCCGAUGUCAUGGCUGUUCUUUCAUAGUUUAUAGGCUUAAAAUAAAACCCAUGCUUCUAGUUGUGCUCAUCGCAUCUGCAAAUUCGAGGAAAAGGAAAGAAUAGUAUUGCAGUUUUGUAAUCACGUUAUUAAGACCAACGUUUUUCCAAGUGAAAUUCUAUAAAGAAGGCUCUGUUUUAUGCUACC